AUGGACAGAGAGCAGAAUAUCGGCUCCAGACGCAAUCUAAACGUCCAGCACGAGGAUAACCCCUCGCAGACUUCUUUGUCUCUGUCCGAGUCAAUCUCGCACUCCGGGUCCAGCCAUCAUGAAGACCAAUCCACCCUUGCCAGCGGACACGUCGCUGGGAGUCAAAAGAGGCUCACUCUCGACAGAAGAUUGACUGAUGAUGAUAUUGCGCGCGUGCUGUCCAAGAGACAAACCCCUAGGUCAGGAUCUGAAUCCGGGGGUGGUGCAGAUGAUACCGCUCAGAUUGCGAAACUGGUGUCUCGGAUGUUUGGCCACGAGAGGAAAGCCAACUCAGAAGAGGAAAAGACGAGGCAUCUCGGCGUAGUAUGGAAGAAUCUCACGGUUAAAGGCGUGGGACUAGGCGCUGCCAUUCAACCUACGAAUGCAGACAUCUUUCUUGCCGUACCUCGAUUGAUCAAGAACUUUUUCACUCGUCGCAAGCAUCAUGGUUCAGGGAAUGCGUUGCGUACUAUUCUUGACGACUUCACAGGUUGCGUGCGGCCUGGAGAAAUGCUUCUCGUGCUGGGUCGCCCCGGAUCUGGCUGCUCAACCUUUUUGAAAGUGAUAGGAAAUCAGAGGUCCGGCUACAAGAGUGUCGAAGGCGAUGUACUGUAUGGAGGCACUGAUUCUGAGACAAUGGCCGAUAAAUAUCGCUCAGAAGUGCUCUAUAAUCCCGAAGAUGAUCUUCAUUAUGCCACGCUUACAGUCCGAGAUACACUCAUGUUCGCGCUGAAAAGCAGGACACCGGGCCAGGAGUCGCGACUUCCGGGAGAAACCAGGAAGCAGUAUCAGGAAACCUUCCUGUCCACAAUUGCCAAGUUGUUCUGGAUUGAACAUGCGCUCGGCACAAAGGUUGGAAAUGAACUAAUCCGUGGUAUUUCCGGGGGAGAAAAAAAGCGUGUUUCCAUCGGCGAAGCGUUGGUCACUAAGGCUAGCACACAAUGCUGGGACAAUUCGACGAAAGGCCUGGACGCAAGCACGGCCCUGGAGUAUGUCCAGAGCCUAAGGAGCUCAACAGACAUGUCCCAUGCAUCCACCCUUGUGGCACUGUAUCAGGCGUCGGAAAACCUUUACAACUUGUUCGACAAGGUGAUGUUGAUCGAGGACGGAAAAUGCGCAUACUACGGACGCACAGAAAAUGCAAAAGCUUACUUCGAGAGCUUGGGAUUCGAGUGCCCUCCUCGAUGGACAACCCCGGAUUUUCUGACAUCGGUCAGCGAUCCCUUUGCAAGGCGUGUCAAGCAAGGGUGGGAGGAUCGCAUUCCUCGGUCAGGGGAGGAUUUCCAAAGAGCAUAUCGACACAGUGACAUCUCUAAAGCUGCUCAAAAAGAUAUCGAGGAUUUUGAGCAGGAGGUAGAGGUCCAUAGAGAGGAACAGGAGGUUGCCAGGGAAAAGCUCAAGAAGAAUUACACAGUAUCCUUUUAUAAACAAAUUAUCAUAUUGACCCAGCGACAGUUUCUCAUCAUGUAUGGUGAUAAGCAGACACUGAUCGGCAAAUGGGCCAUGCUUACUUUCCAAGCAUUGAUCAUUGGAAGUCUGUUUUAUGACCUUCCCCAGACCAGUGCCGGUGUUUUCACACGAGGGGGUGUAUUGUUCUUUGUCCUUUUAUUCAAUGCACUUCUCGCCAUGGCUGAACUUACGGCGUUCUUCUCGAGUCGGCCUAUUAUGCUGAAGCACAAGACUUUUUCCUUUUAUCGUCCUUCAGCAUUUGCUCUGGCUCAGGUCGUUGUUGAUGUGCCUAUUAUUUUCAUCCAAGUAACUCUUUUCGAGUUGGUGGUAUAUUUCAUGUCGAACCUUCAGAGGACAGCAUCCCAGUUCUUUAUCAACUUCCUGUUUAUAUUCACGCUUACCAUGACGAUGUAUUCCUUGUUCCGAACCAUCGGCGCCUUGACUGGCUCCCUUGACGUUUCCACACGUCUUACCGGUGUCGUGAUUCAGAUUCUGAUCGUAUAUACCGGUUAUCUCAUCCCUCCAUGGAAGAUGCAUCCUUGGUUCAAAUGGUUGAUUUGGGUCAAUCCAGUACAAUACGCCUUUGAGGCAAUCAUGUCGAACGAGUUUUACAAUCUCAACCUACAAUGCGUUCCACCAGCUAUUUUCCCAGAUGGUCCGACUGCACAGACAGGCCAUCAAGUGUGCGCCAUACAAGGAAGCACCCCGAAUCAGCUGGUCGUUCAGGGAUCUAGAUAUAUAGAAGAAGCCUUCACAUACAGUCGAUCUCAUCUUUGGCGUAACUUUGGGAUUAUCAUCGGCUGGUUCAUACUCUUCGUCGUUCUGACCAUGCUAGGCAUGGAACUCCAGAAACCCAACAAGGGAGGCAGCACGGUCACCAUCUUCAAGCGGGGCGAGGCACCCAAAGCUGUCGAGGAUGCGGUGAAAUACAAGGAGCUUCCGGGUGAUAUCGAAUCUGGGAGCAGCAAUAGCCUCCAAGAAAAGAACUCGGACGAAUCACAGAAACAGGUUCAGGGUAUCGCGAAAAGUACUUCUAUCUUCACGUGGCAAAAUGUGAAUUAUACAAUCCCGUAUAAAGGCGACCAGAAGAAGCUCCUCCAAGACGUACAGGGAUACGUUAAGCCAGGUCGUCUCACAGCUCUCAUGGGUGCGUCAGGAGCAGGGAAAACAACCCUUUUGAAUACCCUAGCGCAGCGUGUCAACUUUGGUGUUGUCACUGGUACAUUCCUUGUUGAUGGCAAGCCGCUUCCAAAGAGUUUCCAAAGAGCCACUGGCUUUGCUGAGCAAAUGGACAUCCAUGAGCCUACAGCUACUGUGAGAGAAUCACUCCGAUUCUCGGCCCGUCUUCGUCAACCAAGCGACGUUUCGAUCCAGGAAAAAUAUGAUUAUUGCGAGAAGAUCAUUGAUCUGCUGGAAAUGAGAGGCAUAGCAGGAGCAACAGUCGGGGCCGGUGGCGCUGGGCUGAACCCAGAGCAACGUAAGCGAUUGACUAUUGCGGUUGAGUUAGCAAGCAAGCCACAACUGUUACUCUUCCUUGAUGAGCCGACCUCUGGGCUGGACUCACUGGCCGCUUACAAUAUUGUACGCUUUCUCCGACGACUUGCCGAUGCUGGUCAAGCGAUUCUAUGCACGAUCCAUCAGCCGUCUGCUGUUUUGUUCGAAGAGUUCGACGAUUUGCUUUUGCUACAAGCUGGAGGAAGGGUCGUUUACAACGCUGAGCUGGGCUCAGAUUCCAGGACGCUCAUUGACUAUUUCGAAAGCAAUGGCGCCAGGAAGUGUGCCUCGCACGAGAACCCUGCCGAGUACAUGCUCGACGCCAUUGGUGCUGGAAACCCUGAGUACAAAGGACAAGACUGGGGCGAUGUCUGGGCCAAUUCAGAAGAACACAGACAACUCUCAGAGACCAUCGAGAAGAUAACCCGAGAACGUCGGGACAAGGAAGGAGGAGAACGAACAGAUGAUGACCGCGAGUUUGCGAUGCCCGUCUGGGUGCAAAUUUUGGCGGUCACCAAACGAUCCUUCAUUGCCUACUGGCGGGCGCCGCAAUACGUUCUGGGUAAAUUCAUCCUGCACAUUUUCACCGGAUUGUUCAAUACCUUCACCUUCUGGCACCUAGGCAACAGCCAAAUCGACAUGCAAUCCCGUUUAUUCUCCAUCUUCAUGACCCUCACCAUCUGCCCGCCUCUGAUCCAGCAGCUCCAGCCUCGAUACCUCCAUUUCCGCGAUCUCUACCAGUCUCGGGAGGCCGGUUCCAAGAUCUAUUCCUGGACAGCCUUCGUGACCAGCGCCAUUCUCCCCGAAUUGCCGUAUUCAAUCGUCGCAGGCUCGCUCUACUUCAACUGCUGGUACUGGGGCGUCUGGUUCCCGCGCGACUCGUUCAGCUCCGGCUACGUCUGGAUGAUGCUCAUGCUCUUCGAGGCCUUCUACAUCGGCUUCGGGCAGUUCAUCGCCGCCUUCGCGCCCAACGAGCUCUUCGCCUCCCUCCUCGUGCCCACGUUCUUCACCUUCGUCGUCUCCUUCUGCGGCGUCGUCGUCCCCUACAACGCGCUCAUCCACUUCUGGCGCUCCUGGAUGUACUGGCUCACGCCCUUCCACUACCUCCUCGAGGGACUCCUGGGCGUGGUCACCCACAACGUCCCCGUCCGCUGCGUCUCCCGCGAAGAGUCGCUCUUCAGUCCGCCCCCCGGCUCCACCUGUCAGGACUACGCCGGUGCCUACGCCUCGCAAGCUGGCGGAUACGUCCAAGACGCGGCCAACGGGCUCUGUGCCUUCUGUCAAUACGCUGAUGGCGAUGUCUUUGCCGCAAGUUUCAACGUCUUCUACUCGCAUAAAUGGCGAGAUUACGGGAUUUUCUGGGCCUACGUGAUGUUCAACUUCAUGGCGGUCUUCUUCUUUUCAUGGCUGUAUCUGCAUGGCAUCGGUGAUAUCAGGAAGUGGUUUAGUAAGCGGAAGGCGAAGGAUGCGAACGCUCCGCAGGAGAAGACGGGGGAUCGGUGA